AUGGCCGCAACGCCGGAGGACGUCGCGGAGCCCGAGCCCUUCUCCCCCUCGGUCUUCCUCGACCUGCCUCCGACGCCCCAUCCCCAACCCGACGGCGACGGCGAGGACCUGCAGGCCUCGUCGGACGACAUGGUGCUCCCCUUCAUCCGGCGCAUGCUCAUGGAGGAGGAGGAGGACACCGACGACAACAUCUUGUACCAGCAGUACCCCGACCACCCUGCGCUCCACCUGGCACAGCAGCCCUUCGCACAGAUCCUCUCGGCGGGCUCCACCUCCACUGCGACACACACGCACGCCGCCGCCAACGACUCUGCUUCCGGCUCGUCGGCCACCACCAACUCCAACGGAGCCCCCGCAUUCGCCAACGCAACAAGGACACGCUCCGGCACGGGAGCCGGACUCGACGGUUUCACCGGCGGUGAUGCCAACAACUCCUUUUCCUCGCCGGGACAAGGCAGCGCCAGUGCGUGCGGCCAGGCCCGCGCGUUCUUCAAUGCCGGCGACACGGCCACCAUCCAGAGCUCGAGCUUCGGAGACGGGGUGCGGGUUACCAUGGACAUGCUCAACCAGGCGUUCCUCAAGGGAAUGGAGGAGGCCAACAAGUUCUUGCCCGCCACCACAACCACCAUUUUUGGACUCGGCGCCACCUCCAGAGAGCACUUGCCCGGCCCCAGGGACGGCAGCAUGCUGCCUCGUGCCUUUCCCUUACCCAACACCAACAGUGUGGUGGAUAGCAGAGGCUGCAAGAACCGGCACAGCUGGGAUGACUUGGAUGACGACGCCGAGACCGGCAGGAGGAGCAACAAGCUGCUGGCACCUGAGCCGGAGGAGAACGGCGAGCAGGUCGACGACGUGUUCGUCAAAGGAUACGAGCUGGCCAUGGAGAAGAUGCACGGCCUGAGCAUCAGCAGCAACAAUGGCAGCACGUCCGACGGGAAAGCGAAGAGGAAGUCAGCCGCGCAGACCAACGAGGCGGUGGACCUGCGCACCCUGCUCACCCACUGCGCGGAGGCCGUGUCCACGGGCGACCGCCGCAGCGCGACCGAGCUGCUCCGGCAGAUCAAGCAGCGGUCCUCGCCGAGGGGAGACGCCUCGCAGAGGCUGGCGCACUGUUUCGCUGAGGCGCUGGAGGCGCGGCUCGCCGGCACGGGGGCGCAGGUGCACAGGUCGCUCGUGGCAAGGCGCACCUCCGGUGGUGUGGACUUCCUCAGGGCCUACAAACUCUACCUGGAGGUUUGCUCCUUCAAGAUGAUCGCGUUCAAGUUCGCCCACAUCGCCAUCUGCAAGGCCAUUACAGGGAGGAAGAAGGUGCACAUCGUGGACUACGGCGAUCAUCACGGCUUCCACUGGCCACCUUUGCUGGAGGCGUGGAAGGAUCGGGACGGCGGGCCGCCGGAGGUGAGGAUCACGAGCAUCGAGCGGCCGCAGCCCGGGUUUCGUCCGGCUGCUCGGAUCGAGGAGACCGGGCGCCGGCUCAGUGACUUCGCUCACCGGCGUGGCGUUCCGUUCAGGUUCCGAAGCGUCGUCGCGUCGAAGUGGGAGAUGGUUUGCGCCGACGACUUGGACAUCGAGCCUGACGAGGUGCUCAUCGUCAAUGGCCUGUUCCAUUUCGGGAAGCUGAUGGACGAGGGCGUCGACAUUGACAACACAAGCCCUAGGGAUAUGGUCCUCCGCAACAUCCAGAAGAUGCGACCUGAUGUGUUCAUCCUCUGCGUCGAGAACAGCUCCUACAAUGCGCCGUUCUUCGUGACGCGGUUCCGGGAGGCGCUGUACUACUACUCAGCGAUGUUUGACAUCAUGGAUGCAACGACUCCACGGGACAACGAUGAACGCUUGCUGGUUGAGCAGGACAUCCUGGGGUGUUGUGUCUUGAAUGCCAUUGCCUGCGAGGGCUCAGAAAGGGUGGAGCGUCCCGAGACAUAUAAGCAAUGGCAGGUGCGAGGCCACCGUGCUGGACUGAAGCAGCUGCCCCUGAAUCCUAAUACGGUGAAGUAUUUGAGUAAGAAGGUGAAGGAUGGCUACCACAAGGACUUUGUGGUCGAUGUGGAUCAACAGUGGCUCCUUCAAGGGUGGAAGGGACGUAUACUCUAUGCCAUGUCGACAUGGGUUGCAGAUGAUGCUAUCUCACAUAGUUGUAGCCAUCCAUUCAACAAGCACGAUACAUGUUUCUGA